AUGACGACACCUCCGUCGCCGCUUCCCAUCGACGACUUGUCGGAAGAUGCCAAAGUAACUCUAGACAACCGGACGCUGAAAUACGCUCUGCUGGGCCCUUCCUUGACCAAAGCUGGACAAGACGCCGUUGACCAGUCAAAGGUUUCCGAGAUCAUAUACAACGCAUCCAAGGGUUCCAAGUUCUUCAACCGAGAAGAGGAGCGUGACAAGAUCCUGACGAACAAGAUCGAACAGAUAAUUAAUAAGAAACGAGAUCUCGAGAAGCAAGACCUGAGCCGCGAGCUGCGCCUUGCCGAUCAGCUCAUUACUCAACUCGAACUUUCCCGAGACUUGACGCAAUACAUCGUUCAUGUUGACUGCGACGCAUUUUACGCUGCCGUUGAGCUUCUCGACCGGCCGGAACUGAAAGACGUUCCCUUUGCUGUCGGAGGCGGCGUUCUGACGACGUGUAACUACGUCGCACGAAAAUAUGGUUGUCGAAGCGGUAUGGCUGGGUUCGUAGCCAAGAAGUUGUGUCCCGAGCUGGUGAUGCUCAAACUGAACUUUGAGAAAUACACUGCCAAAGCCCAUGAAGUACGGGAAGUGUUCGUAGAAUACGACCCUCGAUUUGAAAGCGCAAGUAUAGACGAGGCCUACUUGAAUAUCACAGAGUACUGCACAGACAAGGGCAUUGGCCCAGCAGAAGCGGUCGAGCAGAUGCGACGAGAAAUCUACGAGAAGACCAAAAUUACCGUCUCGGCCGGGAUCGCAGCCAAUGCGAAACUUGCAAAGAUCUGUUCGAACAUGAACAAACCGAACGGCCAGUUCAUCUUGCCCAACGAUCGAUCUGAGAUUUUGCGAUUCAUGGCAAAGCUGCCGCCCCGAAAGGUCAACGGUGUGGGCCGCGUGCUCGAACGGCAGCUGGCCGAGAUAGGAAUCAAGACGUGUGCGGACCUGUAUCCUCAGCGGCAAUUCCUCCGACCACUGUUUGGUGAAAAGGCGUACGAGUUCCUGAUUAAUGUAUACCUCGGCUUAGGCCGUACGCGGAUCCAGCCUGCAGAAGAAUACGAGAGAAAGAGCGUGGGCACUGAAAGCACGUUCCGGGACAUGUCAGAUCCGCAGCAGUUGAGAGAGAAGCUGAAGUGGACGGCAGGAGAGUUAGAGAAGGACAUGAAGAGAGCAGAGGUCAAAGGUCGAACACUGGUGCUCAAGGCAAAGUUGCACACAUACGAGGUUUUGACUCGCCAAGUUGUGCUGCCCAGAGCGAUAUUUCUGGCCGACGACUUGUACCACUUUGCUCUUCCGAUUCUGGCAAAGCUACAAGAAGAGAUGCCGGGCAUGACGCUACGGUUGAUGGGCCUACGUUGCACUCAUUUGGUUAGUACCAAAAAGCCGGAUACAAUGGCGUUCUUCGGGUUUCGAUCCCGUAGAUCCGAGUCAGGUACAUCCCCAGUGAAGCCUUCGAAGGACAAUGUCAACGCUGGGGUUGACAGUGGGCUAAACGACGACGGCUGGGAACAAUGGCCCAGAGAGGAACUCCCGGGACUCGACGAUGAUCAAGAUUUUGAUGCCUUCAAGGAACCUGCUAAUCAUGAUGACGACAAGUUGAGCCCGGUCAGGAGACAUGGCAAAGAGAUCCAGCCAAACCCGGUACGGGAGUAUGCCCCGGUCAACGAUGAAAUGUGGGAUUGCCCUAUUUGCAACCGUCCGCAGGCACCAGACGAGAGACAUUUCAACGAGCAUAUCGACUUCUGCCUUUCGCGACAGACGAUUCGUGAAGCUGUUCACGGAGAUGUUCCUGGCCCAGCUCCGAGAUCGACAACGCCGGACAUGAAAAAGCCCAAGGUCGGGGGCGAAAAGAAACGCGGCAGACCACCAGCACGACAGCCAAGUGAUGACCCUCGGCAAAAGAAGCUUUGCUUUGGAUGA